AUGGACACAGGGGGGGGGACGCUGCCUCACGUCACCUUGGGCGUCAUUUUGCUGGCAUCAAGGUAUGAGGUGGACAUUUAUGUCUUAGCCUCAUAUACGACAAAGGCACUACGCCCUUUAGACCAAACACCACACGCCUUGAUGGCGUCCAGAUGGGCAGCCUUUAAGUUUCACUGGAUUCAGGGCGGGAAGGAUUUGACAAUCUUUCAAGGCCUGGCAGCAAUCAAGCGGAUUCAUGCCGAGGCGGUCAGUGCUCAGAAUGCAGCUGCUGGGUGGGCCCGCUGUGGCUUCAGAGCAGGGGAGCUUGUGCAACGUGCUGUUGUGUUGGAGGAAAGGUACACAGAGAUUUUCUCGUCCCAGAAAGCAGGCCCUGGAAACAUUGGUCAGCAGCAAACAGCGACCUUCAAUGUCCUUGGGGUGCUCCAGAGCGUCAGCCCCUCCAAGGUGUGCUGCAGCAAUGAGGAUUGCAAACAGAAAGUCACAGUUGCCGACCGCUUCUGCUCUCUUUGCGGCACUCCCAACUCCAAAUUCGAUCAAAAGACAUAUGACCUUUUCCACGCUCGGCGACGGUCAGGGUGGCACAAGCCUGCUGACUAUGUGGAACUGCAGCCAGAAACACCAGCUGAGCAGGACUUGGCAAAAGGCAUCGGAGAUCUGUUGGCAAGAAUCAGAAGAUCUUCCACAGCCUCGGAUGAGAAAAAGAAGGAGCUUCCUCCCAAGCAAUCGGGAGAACCCGUGGCAGAAGUGGAGGAGCCCAAAGGCAAGAAACAAAAGACGUCAGUUGUGGCCGAACCUGCUGGUGCAACGCCGCAGCCUCAAGAGUGGGACCUUGACCGGGAAGAAGACUGCGCUGACUGGAUUUGUCAAAUCUGGAAAGAAGACAAGCGGCCACAGAUUCGACCUUUGGCAGAUUUCUUCAUUCAAGAAUUGAAAAAGAAGAGCGCCAAAGGCGAGAAGCUCAGUGAGACAUUUUACAAGACAGUGAUUGGACCCAAAUUACUUUGUACCUCGAAGAGGCGAGAAGACUGGGUCGCAACUCAGAAGCACAACCGCUCAUUGCGGUAUGUCAGCGACAACAAGGAGGAGGACCAGCCUGCCAAGAGAAGAAAGCGAAGAAAGCGAAAGGAGAAAGCCGAGGACCCGGACAACACCGAGGACAAGGACCUGCCUGAGAUUGCCGAGAAGGAGUCGCCUGUGAAGAAAGAGAGCCCUAAGAAAGCAGAGACCCCUGAGACCCCUACAGAAGAGGCAAAGAAGAUCCCUGAAACCGACCCUAGACUCCCCUUGCCACGAAGGCCAGCCAAGCCCACUGAACCAAAAGAGAAGAAGUCCAGAGAGGGUGCAACAUCGAGCAGCUCGAAACUGGACUUGCGGCCAAAGGUCAAGGCAGAAAGGAAGAGGUCAAGCAGCCGCUCACGUGAGGUGAAGAAGAAAGAAAAGGUUACAAAGGAAGAGGAGGAGGAAAUUGAGGACGUGGUUGAGGCUCCUCCUGGCCAGCUCUGGAUUGGGCCGAUCAGGGCAUUCAAGAACAAGAAGAAGCCAAAGAGGAAUAAGGGCAUCAAGAAGACCUUGAAGAACGAAAGGAGAAGACAGCAGCUCUGGGAGGAGCGAGCCCAGAGUUACAGCUACUCCCGGUUUGUUGAGGAGGCCUGUCCUGCAGCAGCAUGGCAGAAGGCGGGAGAGGUUGCUGUGGAGUCUCUCCUGGAGUGGCCUUGGGUACAUAUUCGAGGACAGUAUUGGGAGGAAGAGGUAGAGCUUGUCGGCAAGGUGGAGGAGAUCUUUCGGCAAGAGGAUGGCAGGAGUCCGCAGAAAGGUGAAGAGACGAGCUCAGAAGGUGACAAGGAAGAGCCGCAGCAAGAGAAAGGACAGCCACUCAACAGCCAGUUCAUCGUCUUCGAGCAUGAGCGACGAAAGCGAGGUGCCCUCACCAUGUCGAUGAUUGCAGAAGCGAAGGAGGCCCUGUUGACGCAGCUGGGGGUGGCAGGAGAUCCAGUCGACGGAGCAGUUCCGGCCAUAGCCACCCAGUAUGUGAGACAGGUCCUGAUGCCCACAAUGAGUGGGCCGGUGGCCCGGGAGUCGCACCACUGGGGACUCCUGCUGGAUCUGCUUUUGACGGCUGCAGCGGCAGACUUGGGGCACCCAAUGCCUCAAGCCCUUGGAGGGGCACUCCAGGGGAAUGAAACCGGAGAAAGGCCCUCUCUGAGCAGCACUUCGGAGCUCAGAACAGCGGGCAAGCAGGCAAACGAAGAGCAGAAGGUGCUGCAGAAGUCGACGUUCAAGGAGGUGCCGGACAAGUCCAAGGGCUAUGGCAAGGAUUGGAAGCAAGACAAGGGCGAGAAGGGUGGCAAAGCAAAAGUACAGUGGCAGGAGAGAUGGUCCUAUGGCAGUGGUACGGAGGCGCCUUGUGGCGAGGUGCCUCCUGGUGAGGAGACUAUGAUGGAUACAGCAAUGGGCGCUCCGAUGAUGGCAUGGACUCCUGGUGGCAGGGAGUCGACAGAUGAGAUGGGGAGCAGGGUUUUUGAAGGAGCUUGCACUGGAGAGGCCAAUGGUGCAGGCGAGUUUCACGAAUACAAUGGUGCAUGGAUUCUCCGAGAUCCUCAGCUGACCCCGCCGGCGGGAGUAACGCCUGCCGCAGACUUAGAUGAGAAGGAUCCCAAGCAUGGUCAGAGGACGGUGCAUGAGGUCUACAAAGCUGCUUUGGGCAUCUUACAGAAGGAUGACGUGAUGCGCUCCACCAUGGGUAUGCGGAAGGAUGUGGCCGACGAGCUCAUGCCGCUGCCCGUGCCCCUGGCAGACACGAUGCUGGCCGCCUUGGUGACUGGCAUCAACCACUUGGGAGGUUGGAAGAACCCGCCUCCUGGUCCAGCCAAAGGCUCCGACCUCAGAGACCGCGCGGUGAAAAAUUUGAGCGCCUUGCUGCAUCGACAUGGCAUGUGGAGGGUUGCAGAAAGGAACACUAACCGUAUUGAUGGAGUCCUAGAGCAGGAGCUCGUAACAGAUUUUGGAGGCCAAGUUGGAUCCAGAGGAUGUCAAAGUGAUGAGGCGAUUGCCACAAAAGCUGGGUUGAUAGAGUGCUCGAGGUUCAUGGGGCUUGCGCUGAACAGGAAUCCCAGCAAACUUCAGGGUUUGAGGUAUGCGCCUUUGCUGGUGAGCUGCGGCCACAAAUCACCGGGCAAGAAAUCACUGCGACCACAUUAG